AUGUUCAUACGGGAACGGCAUGAGGAGACCGAUGUGAAUCUGUAUUACUUUUCUGAUUUUGAGAGGCACAAUGCUGAGAUCGCAGCCUUCCACCUGGACAGGAUACUGGGUUUCAGAAGGGUGCCUCCAGUGGUUGAGAUCAAAGACAUCCCCACCGACCAUAAACUGGUCACAACGUUUUUCACUUCUCCAGUGGGGAAUACACGCUUUUAUGGCCAGUGUUCCCAUUACUGCUCCACAGAGUAUGCUAUCUGUGGCCGUCCCCUCAAGAUAGAGAGGUCUAUGGCUGCUAUGUUGCCAGGCCUGAGUUUGGCACCACGUCACUCGUGGAGGAGUCCCUGGAAGCGGUCCUACAGCCGAAGCAAGCUGCCUCAGUGGGAGACAGACUUCAACUAUUGUGAUUCUAUAAAAAAGACUCAUCCUUACGACCGAGGCACUCGAUUGGUGGAUUUGAUCGACCUGAGCAUUCUGGGCUUUCUCAUGAGGGUCAUAUGA